AUGGGUGCAAAACAUCCGCACUUGUGCCUUCCUGUGCACUUCGCAGUCUGUGAUGUGGUCGAGAAGCUUCUACAGGAACUGGAACAAAAGGUUCCUGAUUUGUCAAAUAGACGCAAGAAGAAAAUGAGGCAAUAUGUGUACCGUCGCAUGAGAGCAAGUAUAAUCCCGCAUGAGUUAGUUCAACCGGAAAACGGUAAUUUCUCAAACGAUGAGUUGGACGAACAACAGCUGUCGGUCAUACGUUCUCUUGUGUAUAGCAUAUUCAUCCGCGGAAUCAGAAAGUGGUGGAACAUGAAACCUUGCAACCGCAAUGCCUCUAAAUUCGCCUUGACCAUGUCCUCAAACAAAGACAGCCAAUUUCAGUCUAGUCGGGGAGACAAUCAGAUUGACGGUGAAAGCAGCAACGUCUUGCUGGGCAAUGUCGAAUCUGAAUGUCAGAAUCGUAAUUAUCGUGAUCGUUAUGCUCACAAAGUGCGCUGUGAUGCUAAUUCCGUACUUUUUUCUUACGUUAUACACGCACAAGGUGUCCGCUUGAGUUUCUGUGCCGUAUCUAGUCUUGCAAGUGCUGAUCAAAUCGAAAAGCUGUUCCGCUGCUCAAUAUGCCUGGAAGAAUUUGAGGAGAACGACCAAAUUGUCACGCUACCUUGCUUCCACGUCUACCACAAGGAGUGUGUACGAAAGUGGCUAUUUUCGGCGAUUUCAAAUUACGCCAACGAGGUACUGCGUAUCGAUUUUACGUAUCAAAUGGGAGCCAAACAUCCAAAUAUGUGCCCCGGAGUGUACGUGACCGUCGAAGGAAUAAUCGACGAUCUUUUGCAGCAACUGGAGGAACAAGUCCCCAAUUUGUCAGAAAAACGCAAAUUGAAAAUUAGGCGGUAUGUAUGUCACCGCGUGCGAGCUUGCCUUCCUGGCGAGUUUGUUGAACCUUGCAGUGCGUACUUUUCGACCAGUGAGUUGAAUGAAGAACACGUGUCAAUGAUGCGUUCGCUUGUCUAUUACACCUUCAUCCGCGCCAUCAAAAACUACUGGACCAUGAGACCACGUAGCCGCAACUCAUCUGCCUCCAGAUCUACGUUGACUUCUGAUGGCAGCCUCCGACGGACAACGAACCAAAGAGAUAAUCAAAGUGAUAGUGAGGGCGAGGUUUGAUUGUAUAUUUGAUUCGCAACGUCUACUUUUUUAUGUAUAGUAUCUUGAGGCUUCUGCGAUGGAUCCGACAAGGCGAGACAGUGACCCAACUGAUGUCAAAGGCCCACGUCUAAGCUCAUAUACGGUAACCAGUAUUGUGAGUUCCGACCAAUCUGGAAAGCUUCCCUGCUGCGCAAUAUGCUUGGUGGACUUUGAAGCAAACGAUGAGAUUAUUACCCUACCUUGUUUUCAUGUAUAUCACAAGGCGUGUGUUCAACCGUGGUUAACUUCGAAUGGUGGAUGCGCUGUAUGCCGACUGGCACCAAUGAAACUUGUUCGGAAUAUGGUGGAGCUGCUGGAUCAGUUUGGUAUAGGAAAACUGACAAACGCCUCACCCACGCAACUUCGAAAAGACCUAUUAAAAUCCUGAGAACCUCUCCAAUACCAUUUCGUCAGCUAUGCAUUUAUUGACUUCAUCACUUUUCAUCCAAAUGCUAUAUAAUUCAGUUGG